AUGCCCCCUGCAGCAGCAACCAAUCUAAGCUACACCCCACCAGAUGGAGGCUGGGGCUGGGCUGUCGUCUUCAGUGCUUUCAUCUCCAUAGGAUUCUCCUAUGCCUUCCCCAAGUCCCUCACCAUCUACUUUAAGGAAAUUCAGGAAUAUUUUUCAGUUUCCUACAGUCAGAUUGCCUGGCUGUCCUCUGUGAUGCUCGCUUCUAUGUAUGCAGGAGGACCUGUGAGCAGCAUACUUGUCAACCGCUAUGGCAGCAGACCUGUGGUUAUGGUCGGUGGGGUCAUGGUUAGCGCUGCCAUGGUACUUGCUUCUUUUGGCAGUACUAUCAUACAUCUGUAUCUUUGCAUCGGAGUAAUUGGAGGUUUUGGCCUCGCCUUCAACCUACAGCCGGCCCUAACGAUCAUAGGUACCUACUUCCAGGUCAAAAGGCCACUGGCGAACGGGCUCGCUAUGACAGGAAGUCCAGUUGUUCUGUUCACUCUGGCUCCUCUCAAUCAGUUUCUGUUUGAUUCUUUUGGCUGGAGAGGGAGCUUUCUCGUUCUGGGAUCCAUUGUUUUGAACUGCUGUGUAGCUGGUGCUUUGAUGAGACCAGUUAACAAAAAUGCCCAACCCAAACGAAAGAUUGACCCACCAAAGUGUAACGGGGCAGCAGCUGAGGAAGCGGGUACUGCAGACAGCAGUGCACAGUCAGGUAACCUUCUGACUGAGGAAAACCAAAAUGAGAGUAGGAGUCAUGGCUUUGUGCACAAAUUCAUAGAUCUGUCACUUUUCAGACACCGGGGCUUCCUAAUUUAUCUCAUUGGUAAUAUAGUCAUGUUUUUUGGCUUUUUCGCGCCUGUGGUUUUUCUGGCUCCAUACGCCAAACAUCAAGGGAUUGAUGAAUAUUCAGCAGCUUUCUUGCUCUCUAUUUUUGCUCUGGUGGACAUGUUUAUCAGACCAGCAACUGGGCUCAUAGGCAACACAAAAUGGAUCAGGCCACGGAUCCAGUACUUUUUCAGUUUUGCAGUUUCAUACAAUGGUGUGUGCCACCUUUUAUGCCCACUGGCAAAUGGAUAUGUGGGUCUAGUUGUUUAUGCUAUAUUCUUUGGUUUGGCGUUUGGGAUGGUUUCUGCACUGCUCUUUGAAGUUCUGAUGGACCUUGUUGGAGCUCAUCGCUUCUCCAGUGCUGUUGGACUUGUUACCAUUAUCGAGUGUGGACCAGUGCUUCUUGGACCUCCAAUUUCAGGAGCUCUAGUUGAUAUAUUCGGGGAAUAUAAAUAUAUGUACUACGCAUGUGGAGUGUUUAUGCUGGUGCCUGGCAUAUUUUUCUUCAUCAUGCAUUACUACAACUACAAGAAACUGGAUGAGGAGCGGAGGCAGAUUGUGGCUGAGAUGAGGACUUGUGAAGAGGCGGAACAACUUAAAAUGACCCCGAACGAUAGCAGCACAUGAAACAAAUGAAUUAACUUGCUGACUAUGAUUAUUUUAGUGGAUGUGGGAAUAUGACACUGCAGAGGUUUUACAGCAGGAUAUACAGUAUAUAUAUUAUGUAUUAUUGAUAAAAAUUAUUUUAGCUUUGGAUGAGUUUGUUAGAGUCUUUUCCUACAUAUCUACAGAUCAACAUUUGUGUUUAUAAUGGUUAUUUUAUGAAUGUUUUUAUUACUGCAACUCUGGAACUGUAAUGGCCUUCAUUCAUAUAUCAUCCAGAAAUUCUGCUGUUCCUACCACUACAAUUUUCGUAAUGGCUCUAUGAACUAAUAUGGUUGCACUUUUUUUCUUCACUGGCUGAAUAAAAACACAUUUUCCUGAGCGGCUGAUAUGAAAUAACAAAACCCUCAACACGGACCUGGAGAUUGUUUAUCAUUUAUUUUCUUACCACUAGAUGGCACUGGACACUACCAUGUGAACACUUCAGGUGCAACACAUCUUUCCUAUUAAACUGCAAUUAAACAA